UCGGGGCGGAGCUGGGGGAGGGCUUGGAACGGCGGAAGCGGCUGCGGGAGACGGCACCAUGGCUCAGGCUGUCACCUGGCUCAAGCGGCUGUGCGGAGCCAAGGAGCCUCCCCAAACCCCAGAGGCCCCACUCAACCCCCCUCGGGAGACGCUGUUCCGACAGGAGGGACCCGGGGGGGUGACGUACCGAAUCCCGGCGCUGCUCCACGUGCCUCCCCGCACCCUGCUGGCCUUUGCUGAGAAGCGCUCCUCCAUCCGGGAUGAGGACGCGCAGCUCCUGGUGCUGCGCCGGGGGCGGUGGAACGGGCGUAAGGUGGAGUGGGGCCCUGCAGAAGAGCUGAGCCAGCUGACCCUCCCUGCCCACCGCACCAUGAACCCCUGCCCUCUGUACGAUGCCAACAGCGGCACCGUUUUCCUCUUCUGUAUCUGCGUGCGGCGCCGCGUCUCCGAGUGGCAUCAGAUCGUGGUGGGACGCAGCGCGGCGCGGCUCUGCUGCUCCUCCAGCCGGGACGGCGGCCUCACCUGGAGCCCCCUGCGCGAUCUCACCCACGAAGCCAUCGCCUCCGACCUGCCCUACUGGGCCACUUUCGCCGUGGGGCCGGGCCAUGGGGUGCAGCUGGACUCGGGUCGCCUGGCUGUGCCGGCGUACGCUUACUACGUUCACGGCCGGCUCUGCGGUGUCCCGCUGCCCUGCUGCACCCGCCCGCAUUCCUUCAUCUUCUACAGCGACGACGGCGGACGGAGCUGGCAGAAAGGUUCCCUGCUGCGGGGCAUGAGGACCGGAGAGUGCCAGGUGGCUGAGAUCGCUGCCGAGGAUGGAGGGAGGCUGCUUUACUGCAGUGCCCGUCGGCCGUGCCGCUGCCGGGCCGUGGCCGUCAGUGCUGACCGUGGGCAACGGUUCGGCCUCCCGGCGAGGAGCCCGGCGUUGUGCGAACCGCCGCAGGGCUGCCAGGGCAGCGUGGUCAGCUUUGUGCCCAGCACCAUUGGGCGUCCUGUAGGCACCACCGAGAGCCCCAGCAGGGACACCCAACGUUGGCUGCUCUGCUCUGACUCAACCAACCAGUGCCUGCAAUGCCAUUCAGGCAAUGAGAGUCCCAGCAGGGACACCCAGCGUUGUCUGCUCUGCACCACCAGCCCUGAAAGUCCCAGCAGGGACACCCAACUCUGCUACCAUCCAACCAACCUGCAACAACACUGUGAUUUAGGGCUCCACGUCAAUACCACACCGCCCAGUGAGUGUCCUACAGGCACCACCAGCACCGAGAGCCCCAAUGUGGACACCCAGCAUCAGCUGCUCUGCUCCAACCCCACCAACCAGCUCCAGCAAUGUGAUUUAGGGACUGAGAGCCCCCAUGGGGACACCCAGUGUCAGCUGCUCUGCUCCAACCCCACCAACCAGCUCCAGCAAUGUGAUUUAGGGACUGAGAGCCCCCAUGGGGACACCCAGCGUUGGCUGCUCUACUCCCACCCCACCAACCGGCGCCACCGUCGCGAUUUAGGGCUCUACGUCAAUACGGCGCCGCCCAACGAGGGGGGCUGGCGGCACCCAAGGGUGCUGCAGGAGGGACCUUGUGGGUAUUCUGACCUGGCCGUGUGCCCCGAUGGGGUCUUUGGGUGCCUGUUUGAGUGCGGGGAGGUCAGCGGCUGCGAGGAGAUCGCCUUCUGCCUCUUCACAUUGGGCACCGCGGGAGGUGGUGAAGGCAGCGAGAGGCCUUGCCUUGGGAAAGAACCCAUUUUUGGGGUUUUGUCCCCAAAGAGCAGCGGGGAGAACUCAGAGGAAGAUGUGAGGGAUGCAAACCCAGCGGAGGAGAAGCAGCGUUGCAAGGCUUUUAAUUAAGACUUUUCUGUGAA